CCCAAUACAGCCUGGAGUUUAGGUUCUCUAAAGGAGACAGGAUCGACAGGGACCCAUCACUGUUUUGGUUAAAAGAAUCAAUCGGAAAGAAAAGGACUUUACUGGUGGCCGAUGGUGCUCCUGUUGCCUCUUAUCACUGUAUUCGUGGUGAGGCACAGUCAUGCCCGGACACACUCUCUGAGGUAUUUUCGCCUGGGCCUUUCGGAUCCUGGCCAUGGGGUUCCCGAGUUUAUCUCAGUUGGGUAUGUGGACUCACACCCCAUCACCACAUACGACAGUGUCACUCGGCAGAAGGAGCCGCGGGCCCCAUGGAUGGCAGAGAACCUGUCGCCUGAUCACUGGGAGAGGUACACCCAGCUGCUCAGGGGCUGGCAGCAGAUGUUCAAGGUGGAGCUGAGGCACCUGCAGAGGCACUACAAUCACUCAGGGCUUCACACUUACCAGAGAAUGAUUGGCUGUGAAUUGCUAGAGGAUGGAAGCACCACGGGAUUUCUCCAGUAUGCAUAUGACGGUCAGGAUUUCAUCAUCUUCAAUAAAGACACCCUCUCCUGGAUUGCUGUGGAUAAUGUGGCCCACAUCACCAAACGGGCAUGGGAGGCCAAUCCGCAUGAGUUACAAUAUCAAAAGAACUGGCUCGAAGAAGAAUGCAUUGCCUGGCUAAAGAGAUUCCUGGAGUAUGGCAAAGAUACCCUGCUAAGAACAGAGCCCCCACUGGUCAGAACAAGUCGCAAAGAAAUUUUUCCAGGGAUUACAACUCUCUUCUGCAGAGCUUAUGGAUUUUACCCUCCAGAAAUUUCCAUGAUAUGGAUGAAAAAUGGGGAAGAACUUAUCCAAGAAGUGGAUUAUGGAGACAUUCUUCCCAGCGGGGAUGGAACCUAUCAGACGUGGGUGUCAGUUGAACUGGAUCUUCAGAGCAGGGACAUUUACUCCUGCCAUGUUGAGCACUGUGGCCUCCAUGUGGUUCUUCAGGGCCCUCAGGAAUCGGAAUCCAUCCUUUUGGUGAUGAAAGCUGUCUUUGGGGCCAUUGUCCUCACCAUUGUUCUGACUGGAGUUGGCUUUCUGUUCUGGAGAAGAAGGUCCCAAGAGCAAAAUGGAGUCAUUUACAUUUCUACACAGAUCCAGGAUUGCAGUUCUCCCUCCUAGGAACCACAGCCUCCUCUGUUUCUCCUGCUCUCAAGUCCAGUGAUUGAGGCUCAUGACCACACCUGCAACAUGCCUGGGCAUUAUAGGUAGAAAGUAAUUAUGGUAGAUAGAUGGGAACCACUAACUUUUUUCUUUGUCUCUACAAGGACUGUCAGCAUUUGGUCUCUCUUUUCUUUUUCUUUUUUCCCUUUCUUUAUUUUUUUGGUGCUGGAGAUUGAACCCAGGGCCCUGUGCAUGUGAGGUAAACACUCUAUUGACUGAGCUAUAUUCCCAGCCUAGCAUUCAGUCUCUUUUGAUGGACUCCUUUAUCACAUGUGGUUUUAAGUACAGCUUCUCUCAUGAUAUCACACUUUCCUACAUCCCAUUUCUCAGUGAUGAUUCUCUGGGAUUGGAGAAUCUCAGAGCUGGAAGGAACCUUCACAUCCAGGAAAGGAAAUGUCUUUUACAAUGCCUUAGACUCCAGCAUCUACUCUCUGCCUAAACAGCAUGUGAAGGCACGUCAAUAUAUCACAAAAUGCCCUUUCUCAUCCAUCUUCCUUCAUGAGAGUACAUGUGCAAGAACAUUGAAUAUCAUGGGCACCUAGACUGUGACCUUAUGCAUUGGUUAAGACAACCUCAUGAGUGGCCACAAGUUUUAACAAUAGCCUGAUCAUUUUAUGCAUAUCCUGGCCUGAGAGAAAGCAAAAGUGCCCUGUUCUUCAUGGUCUCUCUGCCUGGUAGUUUGGAAUCUUGGAAAUAUGUCUGGUUGGAUCUAUGGCAGUAGCUUCACUCUUUCUGUCUUUUGAAAAUUAAAACCAAUACUCAUCAGACAUAUUGUCACCUCCUGUGGAACUACAGAGACUUAGACCUAACUGCAAUAUUGGAAUGCAAAAUGACAGUAUGCAUGUCUCAGAAGAAGGUUCAAUUCUUUUCUUUUUUUGCACAUUGGGGAUCAAACUUGGGACCUUGCACAUGCUAGGCAAGCACUCUACUACUGAGCUAUACUCUUAGCCCUAGAAAGUCCAAUUCUUAUUUCUGUCUCUCCUAUACUGGUUUAUUAUAGCUGGGCUUGACUUUCCUUCAUACAUGUGCUCAUUCUUUGUACAUAUGUGCUGGGAAUAAAGAGAAAUCCCUUU